AACCCACUCUCCAGUCUCCCCCUCAUCCACCAUGAUCUGAAAAUACGAAAAUCUUUCCCUUCCCUCUCGGCGCGAUCCCAAAUUCCCCCCCGCCCCGCCCCGCCCCUGUUUGAAAAUUUUCGAACGGAUCCGAUCUAAGCCGCGCCUCCUUCCCACCCCCGCCUCUACCGCGCCACUCCCCUUCCCAGACCGGAUCUGCUCCCAUGGCGGUGCACGGGCGGCCGACGAAGCGGCGGAUCUGCUCCUCCUUCGCCUCGCCCAUGGCGGUGCACGGCCGGCCGGCGAAGCGGGCGCGGGUGACGGCCGAGCCGUGCCUCCUCGACGUGCGGGCGUUCAAGGAGGAGCGGGCCCGCGCCGGGGCCUUCGGCGCCAACGUGCGGGGGUUCCUCUCCCGGUACGCUUCUCCGGCGGCGGCGGCGGCCGGGGAAUGGGGGGAGGAGGGCGUGAUGGGCGCCGGCGCCGGCGCGGCUUGGCUGGUAGGUUUCCGGGUGGGCGAGGACGGCGAGGCGUCUGUCGUGGUCAUGGACGUGGUCGAGGAGGACGUACCCGGGGCCAGGCGCGUCUACUGCGACCACUGUACCGUCGCCGGCUGGAGCAGACACCCUGUUUGUGGGAAGAAGUACCACUUCAUAUUUCGGAACAAGAACACGCCCAACUGCAAAACCUGCAGGCGUUGUGGGUUGAUGGUGGGAUUGUUUGAGACAAGGUGCCCGUCGUGCAAUACUGGGUCUGGGUUACCCAAUGAUGGUCUGGAAGGUUGGGACUAUUCGCAGUUGGAUGACCCACGCCAUUUGCUGCACGGCAUAGUUCACGAAAAUGGGUUUGGCCACCUUGUACGAAUCAAUGGCCAUGAAGGUGGCUCCACCAUUUUGACAGGAUACCAACUGAUGGACUUCUGGGAUAGUCUAUGUAGAUACCUCAGAGUCAGAAAGGUCUCUGUGAUGGAUGUCUCAAAGAAAUUUGAGGUUGAUUGCCGGAUUCUACAUGCCAUUGCCAGUGGCAGUUCUUGGUAUGGUCAGUGGGGAUUCAAACUUGGCAGUGGAAGCUUUGGAAUAACACCUGAAGCCUACUACAAAGCCAUGGACGACCUCUCCUCAGUGCCGCUCUCCCACUUCUUCCCUCACUCCCGGUCUCCUCGAAACCAACUGCAGGAUACCAUUUCUCUCUACCAAUCCCUUUCAAAGCGCCCUCUCACUGUUGUCCGUGAUCUGUUCCUCUAUAUUCUGGGGCUUGCUGCAAGCAAAAGUGUUCAUAACCAUCUAUUGGCAAUGCACAAAAAAGAGCCAGAAUAUGAUACCAAUUCGAAAGAGGGAAGAUGGACUGAUGAUGAAAGUAAGCGAGCAACUGAUGUUGCCCUGAAAUUUCUCCGUGCUGCAGAUAGGUGGGUUGCUAUGCGCACCCUAAGGGCAGCUACAGCCCAUACAAUCGGUUCCCCGCAGCUGGUUGAUUACUGCAUCAAGACCAUUGGUGGCGCAAGAACCAACGAUGGGCUGGUUGUUGUAGCUCAAUGCAACAGUGAGACAAACUCAGUGGAGUACAGGCUUAUGAAGGAAGCCACCCUAGUACCGAAGAAUGCGUGCGUGCCAAGUCGAGAACAUCUUCUCCGUGACAUUAAGUUCCUGUAUGAUGCACUACUCUACCCACAUACAAUGCAUCCUUAUAAGCCAGAACAGAUUCAUGAAGGUGCCAAGAAAUCUGCCAUGAUCCUGUUGGACUGCAAGCAAUUCAUCAAGCAUUAUGACUUAGAGGAAGACUUCUUGCCUCAAAAUCCAUCCAUGUUGCACAUUUGGUGUCAAGUGGAGCUAUUGGAUCAGGUUACUGAUCCACCAUGCCUCCCUGCAGAGCUUUUAACACUUCCACCAACAGCAACUGUUGCUGAUUUGAAGGUGGAGGCUACAAGAACAUUCCGAGAUAUGUACUUGAUGUUACAGAGCUUUGUAGUGACCCAGCUUCUUGAUUGUGCAUCUGCAAGUGACACAACUCAACUCAAACUCUUAUUUGGAGCGAAUGGGUCUGUUCGCAUCCAAGGGAAGUGUGUUGGAGGUGAGCGCAGGGUUACAAUUUAUCGGAUGGAAAGGGGUGUGGAGAAAUGGACAGUGAAGUGUUCAUGUGGAGCCAAGGAUGAUGAUGGCGAGAGGAUGCUGUCUUGUGACUCUUGCCAUGUGUGGCAGCACACUAGGUGUGCUGGGAUUAGCGACUUUGAUCAGGUGCCAAAGAGAUAUGUAUGUGCAUCAUGUAAAUUACUCCACAGGCCUAAGAUGUAUAGUAAUUUCCCUAACAAAAGAUGUAAGACCGGCACUGGUGCUUUUAGUCAUGCCAGCAGGGGAUCGUGGGGUUCUCGCAUCCGUUAACAUGUACAUAUCAACAUUGAGUUCUUAAUAUGAAGCAUGCAAGUUUUUCAUGACUGCUA